GAGGUUUCUGCAACCAUGGCAACGCGCGGGAGACGAGCAGCGGGCGAGCCCCCCCCACUCCGCGGAUCCCUCGAUCCUGAUACAGAAGCACACAGCCAGAGGCAGCCGCCCCCUUAGCCUUUGCUCAAUUCACGAAGCGAGCAAAUAUAUAUUGGGUUAAAUCCCCCGUAUCGUAAGCCUUUAUAUUAAGUGCUGCGUGUUGCUGACUGCUUGCCGUGGUUUUUUUUUGCGGGUGGGGGGGGUGGUGAGGGGCCUGUGCUCAUCAACUUGUGUUUUAAUAUCCGGCAUAAGUACACGUUUAGAAUUACGUGAAAGCAAGAGCUUACAGCCUACGCCCCGACCUGACGUUUCAGAGCAGGACCUGGGGUCCGGGGACCGCUGGACAAGGGUUCGGGGACCUUUACCCUGACCAGAACCUAGCGCAGGACCCGAGAGCCGGAGCCGAGGUUUGAGACCGUAGCCUGGGACCGAGAGCCGGAGCCGAGCGAGGGGCAAGACGGGUCAUCUGGACAAGAGCAGGACGCGGGAGCGGGGAGAGGUCACGACUCGUAACUCGUCCUUGGAACAGAACCAGGAGCUGAAAUCCAGACGGGGGACCGGACCCAGGGACUGAGACCCCGAAGGUUCUUCCGUCCCGGCGCGCAUCCCAGGUUGGAGCUACGAGGGGCAAUGGCGUCGCGCGAUGAAAUCACCAUCACCCAGGAGGAUAUGCGGGCGCGCUACGCUCACGCGGACCGCAUGGCAGACCUGGUCGCGAUGUGGGAGGUCGCGCUGAGCGACGGAGUGCACAAAAUCGAGUUUGAGCACGGCACCACGUCGGGCAAGCGCGUCGUGUACGUCGACGGCAAGGAGCUCAUCCGCCGGGACUGGAUGUUCAAGCUGGUUGGCAAGGAGACCUUCACAGUUGGCGCCACCGAGACCAAAGCCACCAUCAACAUUGACGCCGUGAGUGGGUUUGCGUACGAGUACACGCUUGAGAUCAACGGCAAGAGCCUCAAGAAGUUCAUCGAGAACCGGUCCAAGACCAGCAAGACGUGGGUGCUGCAGCUGGAUGGGGUGGACAUCCGCGUGGUGCUCGAGAAGGACACCAUGGACAUUUGGUGCAAUGGAGACAAGAUGGAGACUGCGGGCGAGUUUGUGGAGGAGGGCACCGAGACGCACUUCACGCUGCUGGACCGGCACGAGUGCUGCAUCAAGGCGGUGAGCAGCGGGCGUCGGCGCGAGGGCAUCGUGCACAGCCUCAUCCUCAACGGGGUGGAAGUGCCCGAGGUGCUCGAGUGACGGCCGUGGCUGCAUGGGCGCCGGUGGCACCGUCAGCACGGCCGGACAGACGGAGCGGCGGGGUGCGCACUCGCUGCGUGUGACCCACGAUCAUCAGAGAUUUAAGAUUAUUAUCAUAUUUGAAUAGAGAUGAGAUUUGCUAUUAUUUUUCUGAGAGAAUACAUUGCUUAAAUGAACAGGCUGUGGGUGCGGCGAUCCCUGCCGACUCGUGGCCACCGGCAAUUCUAGGACACGGUAAAACGGGGAGCCUCAAGUUGGGAGCCACUUCAUAGUCCGGGGGUGCGUAAAACCCUACGAGUGGGAUGAGACUUUAAGAGCAGACCUUGAGGGUCUCGGGUGUGGACUGUGCGACUGCUGUGGAAUCUGGCAGAAGGUGAUGGGCGAGGUGCGGUGACAUCAACAGCACUGGACGUGAUGACCACCUCUUCAACCUCGACUUCAGUGCCACCCGAUCACUCAAUUCCCAUCCACUCGCUGCCACUCCAUUUCAGGGGGCAUAUGGGAGGCAAUGCUAUUAGGAAGACAUGCCCACCCCCCGCCCUCCUCCCCACAGAAUCACCACUACCGGCGACAUCAGCACACACCGUCAUUGGGAUUGCGAUGAAAAAAAUACGUUUGCGUGUGACCCCCGCAGGUUAAAAUGUGACCAACACUUCGGUUCACAGCUCAAGAUCCCAUCCAUUAGCAUCUCAAGCGCAGCUGCCGCGAACCUACACCACGAUCCUUAUUCUCCCACGCAAUUGUAUCUGUGGUUCCUGGUUCUAAUAUCUGUGUCGUCUGUGUGUGUCAAGAUUUAGCAAAAGUGUCCGCAUUGUUUCAAGAUUUCCUCUGCGCCUGCUAUGAAACACAGUUCUGUAGAUGGAUGUUGCUGGGAAUGGGUGAGGCCCGGCGGAUAAUUCAUUGAGCAGUAAUCGCCACAUCCCACGAAUGUGAAAUAUGAGCUGCCUGCUUGAAGCGUCACGUACGGCCGCUGCUCAUACAGAGAGUGCCCAACGGCCGCAACGCACAAGGGGGCUCUGAUGCUCCGAUAACCGUGGGUGUGCUGCAAACGCUAGUGGCAGGAUGGCAUAAACUACCUUGGGUGAAAUUCGCUUCGUUUGUCAUUGAAUUCGGGUGUAAGUUAAGCGGGUGAAAAAACGUAAAUUGUGUUUUAUGCAUCUUACCAGAGAAAUGAAAAGCAGCCAAAAACUGGAAAGGCCAUACACUGCAAUAGAGAGGAGGGGCAUGCAGUUUGGGAUACAGAACACUCACCAACCAAAUGAUAGCCCUACCCUUAACUAACCAGCCACUAGUACUAGCGCUCCCUCUGACUAAACCCUAACCACACUCGCCAACCAAACACUACCUCUACCAAGAAACCACUUGUACGACAAGCCCUUCCACUGAUCCUAACACCACUAACCAACUAUUUAACCAGCCAGUCUUACCAUCCCCUCCCUCUAACUAAACCAUAACGACUACUCGCCAACCAACCACUACCACUAAACAACCAGCCACUCGUGCUAGUUAUUUAUUGAUCCUAAUACGAGCCAAAUAUUCAAGCAACCAAUAGUAUUCACCCUCCCUCUAAACCCUCACCAUACCGACUAAACACUUCCCCGAACCAACUAAGCAACCAGCCGCUAGUACUAGCCCUACCUCUCGCUAAACCAUAACACUAGCCAACCAAUCACUACCCUCAAACCUAAACAAGUAGCUACAAGCCACUAAUAUUACUCCCACUGACCUUAACCGUGCUACCUAUGGCUCUUUGUCAAAGCCCCUUUUCCAUGGUUGGGUCACUUUUCAGUGGUGGUGUUCACUGUACCCAUGACCCUGGCAGCGAGGAGGCAUGGACGAUUGGCCCUCACGAACCCGAGGUAAUUCAGUGCAAGGCACCCGUGGCAAUCGCUUCCUUGCUCCACACGUAGUCAAUUACGAUCUUGGCCAAAAAAAAGCUGUUGACCUUGCAAGUCUCUGGCUCAUGUUAAGCGUUUGUCUCAGAUAUUGCGUUCCUUUCGUGGUUCUUACGUGGUGUUUUGUGUAUGAUUCUAGGUUGAUGUGAAUGCGUGUCCAUAAUCUUCCUGUUGGCGACAUCGCUCGUGCUGAUCUGAGUGCUGAAUGCAAAUUGCGGAUUUACGAAUCGCAGCGUGGUCAGAUGUGCAGGUCGAUUCCGAUCUCCGAGUUGCUUCAACAGUAAAGUGACGCCGGCUGCUGUCCACGAGCGGCGACCGCGUGCCCACGCGGAUCGGGGUUCUCUUCUCGUGUGCAGCUCACGCCCCGAGGGUUCGGUGAGAGUGGAAGACACAAUAAACCGCCUGGGCGCAUGCUCGUCACAA